UAGUUUCGGGAGCAUAGAAAGCAAAGGCUAGAAAAAGGAUAGCAGAGGGCCUGUCCACCGUCUGUCUCCCUAGUGCUCCGUGUGGCCUCCCUCGCUAUAUAUAGCCAACACUAGGAGCAUUCCAAGUGCCCAGUUAAAAACUUAGAAGGGGGAGGAAGAACGAUCCUAAUAUCAGUAAUUGGAGGAGGGAUGGAGAUGGGUUAUUCAUGGGGGAGAAAGAUGAGAGGGGAUUUAAUUAGUCUGGAGAAUGAUGUGGGAGGGGAGGGGGAGGUGGAGGUUGAGAAAUUACCGGUCAUCCCCCCGCCGCAGACGCCGAGGGAGCCGAUGGAGUUCUUGUCGAGGUCGUGGAGUGUGUCGGCCUCGGAGAUCUCGAAGGCGCUUCUUGCCUUCAACAAGAAGAGGAACUUCGUCGUCGAUCGCCUGCCGGACAUGAUGAUCCCCGAGAACUUGGUUCUCGGUGCUGCUGCUGCGGCGGCGCAGAGUCAGCACAGACCGUGCACAGGCAUAAACUCGAUCAUCACACACCGUGCAGCAAUCGGGAAAUGGUUUCACCACAAGGAGCCCAACAGGUUCAAAGUAAAGAACAAAGAGAAGGUUCGAGCAGAGAAAGCCCGCAUCCAUGCUGCAGUAUCAGUAGCUGGAGUAGCCGCAGCAGUUGCUGCCAUGGCUGCAGGCACGAGCUCAGAGAAUCAAAACUCAAAGAUGAGUGCAGCCAUGGUCUCUGCCACUGAGCUCUUGGCAUCUCAUUGCAUAGAGAUUGCAGAGCUAGCAGGAGCCAGCCAUGAGCGCUUGGUCUCUGCUGUUAGAUCUGCAGUAGAUGUUAGAACCCCAGGUGAUCUGAUGACUCUCACAGCAGCAGCAGCAACAGCAUUACGAGGAGCUGCAGCAUUGAAACUGAGGGUGCAAAGAGAAGCAAGAAAUGAUGCAGCGGUCAUCCCUUAUGAAAGGGGCCACUUUGGCAGUCCAGAUAUCUGGUGUAAGGAAGGCGAGCUGCUCAAACGCACAAGAAAAGGGACUUUACACUGGAAGAGAGUAUCAGUGUAUAUUGACAAGAAGUCACAGGUUAUAAUAAAGCUUAAAAGCAAACAUAUAGGAGGCGCAUUUUCAAAGAAGAAAAAGAGUGUUGUUUAUGGUGUGUACGAUGAGGUUCCAGCAUGGUCAGGGCGUGAAUGGGAUUGUGCUGAAGAGAGAUGCUCUUUUGGCUUGAGAACAGCUCAAGGACUAAUAGAGUUCGAAAGUGAGAACAGGACUAGCAAACAGAAGUGGGUGGAUGCAGUACAAAACCUGCUUCGACAAGUAACUGGUAGUGAAGAGCAAGUAGAGCACUCUCUGGAAGUACUAAAACUCACCUAGUGUGAUUUACCUAUAAAUAGCCAGCUUUGCCCACAAGGCAAUAUGUAAGAACAGUGAAGUAUAUAGAUACUCAGAAAGCAAAGAAAUUUGGUUGUUUCUCUA